AUGUCUAUAAAACGAAAGCGCGACCAGGACGAGUCCGAAGCUCAUCUUGUGCAGGCUGAGGCGGCUACUACAACGCAACACAACGGCGCAACCCAGGAUUCGGAAGACAAAUCGGGGAAAACAAAAGGACGGUCGCGGCAGGAAAGAUCAGAACGCAGGUCGAAGAAACUUAAGAAGUCAAAAGAGAACAGAUCUCAUGCGACCGCUGAAGUAGAUACCGUGCCGGUGGACAACAAAGCGGCCCCCCCCUUGGAAGUCGAAGCGACCGCACCCGACCAGAACCAGUCUGCCCUUGAUAGCGAAUUGAGUCAAAAUCUAUCCACCAAGACGAAGAAACCGCAGAAGGCAGCUAGCGAUGAGAAGAAAAGUGCACAGGCACCGACAAGGUUCAUCGUCUUUGUCGGAAACCUCCCCUUCAACGCGACAGCGUCUCAAGUGAGAGAUCAUUUUUCCAAACUCGCCCCAAGUAGCGUGCGCCUAUCUACAGACAAGGCGACUGGGAAAAGCAAAGGCUUUGCCUUCCUCGAGUUUGACGCCUACGACAAAAUGAAGACUUGCCUAAAGCUUUACCAUCAUUCUCUAUUCGAUCCCGAAGGCAAAGCUAACGUGGGCAAGUCGGGAGAAAAAGCGGCAGGGGGAAAAACAAAGGGCCGAAAAAUCAACGUUGAAUUGACAGCCGGCGGCGGUGGGAAGAAGAGCCAGGAGCGAAUGUCGAAGAUCAAAGGCAAAAACGACAAGCUUAACGAGGAGCGGAAAAGAAGGAGCACCAAAGAUAAAUCCGAACAAAAGAAGGCCGCCGCGCAAGGAAAGAAGCCUCCCGUGACUGGCGCAAACGCCGCAGAGGCGACUGAAGCUGUACAGGACGACCGCGGUGCUAUACAUCCCAGUCGACUUUCUCGGGUCGGACAUUGA